AUGUCUUACUACGGAGGCGACCCCUAUAACCGCCCACCCCCAGGCCCUCCAGCCGGCUACGACCAACGCCCACCCUACAACGACAGACCCCCCUACGACCGCGCCCCCUACAGCGCCCCUCCACCCAUGGCCCGCCCCCCACCAGGUCCCCCUCCCCCGUUGCCCGCAGGCUGGCACCAAGAGUGGGAGCCCAACAUGCGCCGCGCCUUCUGGGUCGAAGAUAACACCGGCCGCGCGCAGUGGGAGCCUCCCUAUCAGGGACAGGGUUACUAUGAUGGUUCGCGCAGUGCGCCCCCGCCUGAACCCCAGGGCGGUUAUUAUGCGGCCCCGUCUGGACCCCCGCCUGCUGGGUAUGAUCAGCGUGGGUAUGGGGGUGGGUAUGAGCAGCAGGCGCCUGUUGUUGUGGAGGAGAAGGAGAAGAGUAGUAAUGCGGGCAAGUAUCUGGCUGUGGGUGCGGCGGGUUUGGCGUUGGGUGGUAUUGCGGGUGCUUUGAUUGAGCAUGAGCGUGAUGAGGAUUCGGAGCGCGAGGAUAUUGCUGAGGCUCGUGAGGAGGCUUACUACGAGGGUCGUGAGGACCAGUAUGAGGAUGAUGGUGGUUGGUGA